ACAUAAAAGCUUCUAAGAACAUAUUGUGUGCUCAACAAAUCCGUUUAAAUAUCAUCUAAUUAUUUUGUCGUUAAUUGUUACCAUGCAUGAAUCACAUGAAAAAUUGUUAUUUAAACUAAAACAAGAUGUGUAACUAGAGCAGUUACAAGAAAAAGUAUCAAACUUAAUCCCGUCCUAAAUUUUAAAAAAAUGUUUCUCCUAGUAAUUACAAUCUUGAGCCUUUUAGUCUCUUUGCAGAUGGCUGCAGUGGUGAACAAUGAAAGUAAGUUUUUCAUCUUUGAGUAUUUUUCCAAUGUCCCUCUAGAUCUGUUUCAAUAUAUAAAUCCCACUCCUGAUAACAAGUUACUUCGUGAAGAUAAACAUUUCUGGUACGAUAUUGGUAACCACUAUUUGGAAAAAAACUUGAAAUAUGACCAAGAAAGUACGAAACGAGUGGCUAAAAACGUUGUUAUUUUAAUUGGAGAUGGGAUGGGGAUUAAUACCAUAACAGCAACACGAAUCUACAAGGGCCAAAGAAGUGGAAAAAGUGGUGAAGAUCACACACUUGCUUAUGAUAACUUUCCCAAUGUUGCUUUAGUUAAGACUUAUAAUGUGGAUAUGCAAGUGCCAGAUUCUGCCGGAACUGCCACUGCUCUCUUUACAGGUGUUAAAACCCGAUAUGAAGCUGUCGGUGUCGAUGUUAAUUGUCAUAAAACAAUUGCAAAUCGAACAGUCUUUGAAGCAAGCAAACUCGAAGGUAUUAUGACUUGGGCCCAACUGUCUAAUAAAAGCACUGGAAUUAUUACAACCACAAGAAUUACUCAUGCUACUCCCGCCUCAACUUAUGCUCACGUUCAUUUUCGAGAAUGGGAGUGUGAUAGUGAAAUGCCUCAAGAGUUUAAACCUUUCGUCAAAGAUAUAGCCAGACAACUUGUUGAAGACGCGCCUGGUAACAACUUCAAGGUCAUAUUAGGAGGAGGUUACCAGCAAAUGGGUUACAUUUUUGAAGAUCUUAGUGAUGGUGAAUGUGUCAGAAAUGAUAAGUUGAAUCUUACUCAAACGUGGAUAGAUAACCACAAAGGGCUUAAGGCUUCAUUUGUGACAAAUAAUAAGCAACUUGAAAAUGUUGGUGACGUGGAUUACCUUCUAGGACUUUUUUACCACGAUCAUCUCCCAUACGAAUUACUGCGUAACAAGAGUCCCCAAGGCACCCCCAGCUUGUCUCAAAUGACUAAAAAGGGUCUGGAUAUUUUGAAAAGAAGCAAAAAUGGGUAUGUCCUGAUGGUUGAAGGUGGUCGUAUCGAUCAUGGCCAUCACGAUAAUUACGCAAGACUAGCAUUAGAAGAAGCAGCAGAAUUUGAAAAAACUGUUUCUCUAAUUGUUGAAGAAUGCGGACCUGAUACUCUGAUUCUGGUAACCGCCGACCAUUCGCACGCCAUGACAUUGAACGGUUAUAGCCGUCGAGGAAAUGACAUCUUAGGAUAUGGAAUCGAGACAGAAGAUGACAAACCAGCCCUCACUUUAACCUACGCCAAUGGUCCCGGAUUUGCUUACCACUAUACUCCCAAUAAUUCGUCGAUUUUGGGUCCUUGGCGUGAUGUAAGGCAGGAUCGAAACCUUCUCAAUAACCCCAAAUAUCAACAAAUGGCGACUUUUGAGAUGGAUGAUGAGACACAUGGAGGCGAAGAUGUUGCUAUUUUUGGGAUAGGACCUGGGUCCCACCUUGUCCGAGGAGUCUUUGAGCAAAAUUAUGUAGCACAUUUAAUCAGUUAUGCUGCGUGCAUCGGACCUAGAUCGAAAAUGAAUCCGCUAUGUGGGAAAAACGUGGAAAGUCAAGGGGAGUUUUCAGUACUCGUUAAUUUUUAUUUACUGAUUUCGAUGUUGUUUUUCUUAAAGUAUCUCAAGUGAUUUUAUGAGGAAUUGUAAACCAAUUUAAAUAAAAAGUCAGUUUAAAGUUUUAA